ACAUUCGUACUCAAGAUGGCGUCCGUGCUUCCCUUUAUUGAGCGUAUCGAUUGUUGGAGGGGGAGGGCGUUGGAGAACUCCGCGACGCCUGCUGGUCCUGGCUCCGACGACUUUGGUAGACGUCAUAUUGUGACUGGGGUUCGUAGUGAGCGGGUCAGAGGUUCGGGAUUGUUGAAUACAUUCGCCGGCAUUAUGCUGAUAAAUCUCGUCAAGGAUUCUGUGCUCCAGUGUUUCUGUCACACUUGUCGCGCACCGCUCCCUCCUGCUGCUCGUCGAGCUGCGCCUAUCAAGAAGGCGAAGACCAAGUCCCGGUCGAAGCAACCGAAGAAAGUGAAAUUCAUCACUACUGAAAUUAGGUGCCAAGAGAAAUCAAAGGGCGGUCUUGCAUACGAGGUGAUCUUGGCCGAGCCUGUAGCUGUGACCCCUCCCAAACGACCCAUCUCACCCAGCAGCAAGGUUUCAGUAGAGAACAUUGACGAAAAACUUAAAGCAGCUGAGGAGAGGAGAUUGUCCAUAGAAGCAAACAAAAUGGCACUUCUGGCUGCCAAGAUGUCAAAAAUUGAGGAGGCAUCAAAGAAGAAGGAUGAACAAGCAAACACAUUCAUCUUACAAACUCGAGAAGCUCUUGAACAAAAGAUGGAAACACACACUGAGAAACGGGAAGCACACCUGAGCGACCUGAAGGCUAAACUGAAGGACCAUUUGGAAAGUGUGGAGAAAAUAAGACUGUCAAUAGAACUACAGACAAAUGAAGUUAGGAAUGCAGUCGAGGAGAAGCUGAAAGUUGCCACCGCACAGCGAGAUGAAAAUAUCAAGAAAAUGUUAGAUAGGCUGAAGGAACAUGAGGAGCAGGCGCAGCGUGUUCGGACAGGAAUGCUUGAAAAGGUGAAGCAGCUGGAGUCUCAGAUUCAGAGCAAGCUGGAGCUGGCACAAACACGACGUGAACAGCUUGAGCAGGAGCAGCUUGAGAAGCUGCGGAAUCAUAACAAAGAAAAGCUCGCAGAGGUUCGGAAGACAAUUGAAAAUCACGCAAAGGAGAUUGAGGAGAAAGUUGGCAAGUGUCUACAGCAACGGCUGGAGACUGCUAGUCAGAACCGUGCGAAGGAGAUUGAAAAGAUGCGAGAGAACAUUCAGAAGCACGAACGCCGGGCUGAGAUGGUGCGACAGAAUAAGGAACGUCUGACCAGUCAGAAUGAUGAGCAGCAGACUGCUUCUUCUGGCUAGUUGGUCAUGAAUGGAAGUCACCGCUGCCCAGCCCCCUCAUCCCUUCCGAACAAGGAACAAUGCUUUCGUCAUUCAUCGAGCUGCUUUUUAUGAAAAUAAGAGUAUAAAAACCAACCAGGGAAAUUUAAUGGACACACCCUCUGAAUUUAACAAGUUCAAUUGUUAGUAUCUUCUUGUUCUUUCAGUGUUUUAAACUUGCCUCAAUUUUCUUGUGUGAUUGUUGAAAAUAUUAAGGUAGGCAGUGUAUACAAUUGGCUUAUGAAGAAUAACACAAAACUAUACCCAUGCUUUUCUUGUUAAAAAUUUUAAGCAGCAGCACCACAGACGAGAGGACGGUGGGAGCAAAAUUGCUGGUUGUGCGGUUUAAAAAUUCACUGCCUUUUUUCACCUUCUAGUAUUGUGUAAAUCAAAAGGGGCCAUUACAGAGCAUCAGACGAUGAAGCAGUUUUGUUACUUGAUGCUUUGUUUUGAGAUUUCAUAGCUUAAUGUUAAUAUGUCUGGCUUUUGGUGCAGUAUUGAUAUUGUAACUUGCAGUGAGCUGCCGUUAUUGCUGAUGUGAGGUUUGUUAUAUUAUUGCGACAUUUACAUUUGGUACUUUGUGGAGACAUGAAGCUCUGUUUGAGGCAAAGUAAGUUUGUAUUCUUGUACUAAAAUUAUUCAUUCUCAGGACUUUUUCCAUCAUCUGUUCUUUAAAACCAUGACGUUUCGGAGUCUGGUUCUGUCUCCAUCUUCAGGUGAGAGGUACCUACUUUGUUGGGCCCCUUUGAUAGAGCUAGUCUCUGUCUCUUUGGUCCAGUGACAGACUAGCUCUAAGGGAUCCAACAGAGUAGGUACCUCUCACCUGAAGAUGGAGACUGAACCGGGCUCUGAAACGUAGUGGUUUUAAAGAACAGUCGAUGGAAAAAGUCCUGACAAUGAAUAAUUUUAAGUGUAAACUACUGUCAUCAAAACCCUUUAGAAUUGAAUUCUUGUACUAAAUUAAAAGUUAUAACAAAUCAACAUACUUCAACAAGAUAAAUCUAGCUUCUGUGAUGGGUUUAUGCUAAACAACUGUUAAUGGUUAGCUGGAAUUUGUAGUUAGCUGGCAUGUUUUUGUCCUACCAAUAUUCAUGCCGUACUUAAGUUUGUAGUUAUAUUUGACUCUUGUAUUGUUUUUUGGAAUGGUUACACUGUUUUUUUGAUGGCACCUGCAAAAGAUUGUAUAGGCGCACAGAGCUGUUUUAAGUGCCAUUAUGAUUGUGGAAGGGCAUGUCUUUCCAGUAGUUCUAAGCUACCAGAGAACCUAGGCCUAAAUUCCAAAUCUUGCAGUUAGUAAUAAAUAAGAUAGGCUGAUUGUGUUCACAUCUUUCUAACCAUUCCAUAUUUUUCACUUAUUCCCUGUGUCCUCACUAAUCUUAACACUUCUUAAAAUUGCCCAUUUCCUAGUUGCCUUGGGAAUUACUGUCCCUUUGGACUGAGAUAGAGAUCAUUCUUGCAGAAUCUGUUUUGUGUAAUUUCUUCAAAUGUCUAUUUUUGCAUACUGUUUUGGAAUUUUGCCUGUUUUGACAUUUGGUUCAAUUGUUCUAUUUUGGUGAAUUGUGCUUAGUAUAGAAGUUGAACAAGCCUGAGCAUUAUAACUUGUAGUUUUAAUUAACAAAAUAAAGGUAGUUCAUACAUAAA